UUGUCCCAUCUUCACACCUGUGGCCCGGGUGGUCACUGCCCACUCCGCUGUUGAUGGAGUGUCGUGGAGAAGCUGGUGGGGAGCUCCCACCCAGCGCAGGUCUCCAGGGGGCGCCGGCUGUGGCGCUGGCCCCGGGCGCAGAGGCGGGGCCGCCUUCCCAGGCCUCGCCCCGCUCCGGCCGCCGGAACUUGGCAGAUCCCGGGAUCCCAGGCCUCGAGGGCCCGGCCUCACCAGCCCAGCUCCGCCAGGAUGCAGCGCGCCCUGGCCCGCGUCCUGCGCCUCCCGCGGCCCCGGCGGCUCCUCGGGGCCCGGCCCUGCGCGUCGGACGCCGCCGCCUCCGGGGGCCGCGAGAUCCAGGUGCGCGCCCUGGCCGGUCCCGACCGAGGAAUCACUGAGAUCCUGAUGAACAGACCUCAUGCCCGCAAUGCCCUGGGGAACGUCUUCGUCAGUGAGCUGUUUGAAGCUCUGGCCCGCCUGCGAGAGGACCAGCACGUGCGUGUCCUGCUCUUCAGAAGUGGAGUGAAGGGUGUGUUUUGUGCAGGUGCGGACCUGAAGGAGCGGGAGCAGAUGAGCCCUAUGGAGGUUGGCGUCUUUGUCCGGCGGCUCCGAGGCUUGAUGAACGAGAUCGCCUUCCCUGCACCCACCAUUGCAGCCAUGGACGGGUUUGCCUUGGGUGGAGGUCUGGAGCUUGCCCUGGCCUGUGACCUCCGAGUGGCAGCUUCCUCAGCUGUCAUGGGACUGAUCGAGACCACGAGAGGACUUCUCCCAGGAGCAGGAGGGACUCAAAGGCUGCCCCGAUGCCUGGGAGUGGCCCUGGCAAAAGAGCUCAUCUUCACGGGCCGCCGACUGAAUGGAGAACAGGCCCAUCAGCUGGGGUUGGUGAAUCAUGCUGUGGCCCAGAAUGAGGAGGGUGAUGCUGCCUACAACCGGGCUCGAGCCCUAGCUCAGGAAAUUCUGCCCCAGGCCCCCAUUGCUGUGCGGUUGGGCAAAGUUGCCAUUGACCGAGGAAUGGAGGUGGACAUUGCAUCAGGAAUGGCCAUUGAAGGGAUGUGUUAUGCCCAGAAUAUCCCAACCCAGGACCGGCUGGAAGGCAUGGCCGCCUUCAGGGAGAAACGGCCCCCAAAAUUUGUUGGCAAGUGAACUCUCCUCCCCUCCCACAAACCUGAAACACCAGACAUACAUAUCUUAAAGAACAAAAUCCAAGUGGGGAGUCUGCAGUCAAGACUGCCCUCCUCAUUUCACCCUGGCCUUCAAUUUCUUCACUGAAUGAUGGGCAAGAUGAUGAUCAUACCACCUCCUGCUUCCUUCCUUAUUCCUGACCUUGGCUAGAUCAUCACAGGAGUCAGUUUUGCUUUACAAAAUGUCUAGAUCUUCUACCAAAUAACUAUAGAUUAAAAUAGAUGCUUCUAGAUCUG